AUGGCUAACUAUAUAUCUUUGUGUACAAAUUUACAGGAAGAUGUGGAUGUUGACAAUGUGCAACAUAGUUGGCAGGAAUCAUUUGCAGAUAACUUGAGCCAGGAGGAGUCAGAUGGUCCGAGCGUUGAUCACGAUGAGGGAGAGAUCGAUAUUGAGGAGGCUCAAAGGCAGCAGAAGAUGCUUGAGACACAUUGGAAGGUCAUGGCUAUGACCUUUCGGUCGCAAGGGGAUGCAUACAUAUUCUACAACAAUCACGCCAGAGAGCACAGGUUUAGCAUCAGGAAACAGAAGGUGAAACGAGGUGCUUCGGGAAUGAUACGGUACCGGCGGUUUCUUUGCUCCAGGGCAGGGAGAAGGCAGAGCAAGUUCAUAACCAUGGAGGGCCGCAAGCGCAGGCUUAGACCGGAGACUCGUUGCGACUGCGGUGCACAUAUGGUGGUGAAGCUGGACAAAGAACGUGUCGUUUGGUUCGUCGCAUCAUUCGUGGAUGAUCACAACCACGCGAUGGCUCGGCCCGACGAGGUUUGUUUUUUGUGGUCACACAGACGGAUUGGAGAUGGCCAGAGGGCAGAGAUAUUGGCGAUGGAAGCGGCCGGGAUAAGAAAGCAUAUUAUAAUGGACAACUUCAUCAGCAGAUACGGUUCGUAUGAUAAGUGCGGGCUUAUCAGGAGGGACAUUUACAAUCUUUGUUGCAGAGAAAAAAUGAAGCUCAUUGCAAAGGGUGAUGCAGAGACGGUAGUUGGCAUUAUGAGGAGCAGGAAGGAGAAGGACCCUGAGUUUUUUUUUGAGUAUGUGCGUGACAAGGAAGGGCGACUGAAGAGUAUGUUCUGGUGCGAUGCACAGUCGUGGAGGGACUAUCAGGACUACAGAGAUGUGGUCGUGUUUGAUAGCACGUAUAAGAUGAACAGAUACGGUAUGCCGUUCGUCCCCUUUGUCGGAGUUAACAACCACCGUUGCACCACGGUGUUUGGUUGUGCCAUCAUUGCUGACGAGACGGAAGGAACAUACGUGUGGCUGCUGCAGACAUUUAUGAAGGCAAACUGUCAGGUGAAGCCAAAGUCAAUAAUCACAAACGGUGACGCUGCAAUGAUCCAGGCUAUUCGGACUGUCCUUUCAGAUGUUUUCCAUCGUCUUUGCUCCUGGCAUAUCGAGAAAAAUAUGCAAAGGCACCUGCAUUACAAGUCACUGGAUGAGUUCAGAUCGCUCCUGUACUAUGCCACCUCUCAAGCGAACUUUGAGCAGAGAUGGAAAGCUUUCUAUGAUAAGUGGAAGACAGAUAGAACCGAAGAGUGGCUUGACAGGAUGUACAGGAAGAGGAGACUUUGGGCAGCUUCAUAUCUUUCUGAUGGUUUUUUCCUUGGUAUGCGAAGUAACCAGAGGAGUGAAAGCCUCAACUCCUGCCUUCACCUUCACUUGGACUACGGUAUGACAAUUGUUGAUUUGGUGGUGCAUUAUGAGAACUGUAUAGUUCGCCUGCGUGAGAACGAGGCGUACGAUGACUGCGAGGCAUUCCAGAAGGACCCACCGUCGGUUACUGAAUAUAAGGCCCUUGAGGAGCAUGCCGCCAAAGUAUUCACACCUGCUAAUUUCUACAUCCUGCAAGAUGAUUUGCAUAAGAUGGGUCAGCUGGAGAUAUCUGAGACGCUCGUGGGAAUUGGGCGUCAAACAUUCAUGGUGACAUGGAAGGAUAACCACAAGUUCAGGUACAAUGUUUUUUAUGAACCAGGUAACUCAGAAGAAACUAUUACAUGCAGUUGUCUUAGGAUGGUUCGGAAAGGGCUGCCAUGCAAACACAUUCUGUUUGUUCUCCAUCAUCUGAACUUAACUGAAAUACCAAAGUGUUGUGUCCUGCAUCGGUUGUCCAAACAUGCGAGAGAUGGGUUGCCUGUGCAGCGGAAGAGUGAUAUGUUUGGAUGGGGUUGGUCAGGGCCAUUGGAGAGAGAACGGUAUAGUGCAAUAACCAUUAAAACCGCAGAAGCUGCUCAUGUUGCAGCAAAUGAUCCCUUCUUGUUCGACGAGUUGAUGAAGUGUCUGGACAACAUAAUAGCGCAGAAAAAGAUUUCAAAGGAGGAACUUAUAGGAAGUAGAAGGUAUGCUAUGCUGAAGAAGGAGGCAAGUCAGGCGCAACAAGUUGAGCCUGGUAUUGGUGAUCCUCAGAAAGUUUCGACGAAGGGUGCACCUAAGAAGGGGCGAUCGAAGGGGGGCCCCGACGUUACAAAGAAUGGUAGGCCAAAAGAUUUUACAAAGAAGAAAAGUGGUCCUUUGUGCAGUCUGUGUGGUCUCCCAGGUCAUAACAAGGCUACAUGCAGUAAGAACGAGAAGACUGGGCGUAGAGACGCAGCUUGGUUUGUAGGAAGAAUAAAAGUGAUCGCACGAGUCAUGUCUGAAUAACCUAUGCUAUUUUUAUUCGCACAUGUGUGCCAGAA